UGUGUGUGUAGUUGAGCAGUGUAUGCAGUGGUGCUGGGUGUGUGUAGUGGUGUUUAAAUGUUGUGAUUGGAAUUGCCAUAGUGUCUUAUGUUCAUUCCUUCUAAAAUGUGGCUUGUCAUUAAGUUCCAGAAUGGCUGCCUCCCGCUUAGAUGUGGACGAGGAAAUUCUAAUUGGUGCCGUCCAGCAGAGGUCAUGCAUAUGGGACAGCAGGGAUGUUGCUUAUGCAGAUCGUGGCCAAAAAAAUAAAGCUUGGGACGAAGUUGUUACUGCUGUGUUAUCGGAAUGGCCCUCACUGUCAUCCAGCCAACAAAUUAUAAAAAGGAAGGCAGUGCAAACACGUUGGCGAUCUCUAAAGGACUGCUACACCUGGGAGUUGCGCCAAAUAAGAGACGAAAGUGGAAGUUCGUCGUCUAAACGCAAACAAUACAUUUAUUUUGAUCAACUUGAUUUUUUGAGACCAGUACUGGAAACAAGAAGUACCAGCGGGAAUCUGCAAAGAUCGAGUGGUCCAGAAGCUGACCAUGGCAGCUCAGAUGAACCACCAGAGUCAACAGCUGAGGCCCCUUCUGCUAUUUCUCUUCGAAGACGAAGGAGACGACCCAAUGAGCCCAACAUUUCACUAUCAGGCCGGUUAAGCUCACUUCUGGGUGAGCACAGGGGACUAAUGGAUGAUCCCAACUACCAUUUCUCAAUGUUUGCCUUCACUGUCCUUAAAAAGCUAGGAAAAGAUAAAAUGGAUGCAUGUCGCAAAGAGUUAUGGGAGAUUCUAAAUAAAUAUAUUUCAAUGUCUGAACAAACACAGGGAAACCCUAAUAAUCCAACACGAACAACUACCUUACCACAAACCCAAUUUCCAAUUUCUGCACCACCAAACACCCACCAAACAACAAACCCACACAGCCAAUAUAACCCACCACCUGCUGAUUUUCAAACUAUGCAGCAAACCCCAUAUGCUCCAGACCUCCAAACUAACCCAUAUCCAAGCCAAUAUCAAACACACCGUGCACAGUACUCGGCACCAUUACCAAACACAAUGCCACAAACAUCCGCCACUGUUCCACCACCCAGCAUUCAACCGUUUCUGCCACAACAGCAAUUUGAGCCCAUCCAGCCAAACCCAACACAACAAACAUCAGUGCAAUCAAGCCAGCCUUGGAGCCAAGCCUCAGCUCAAGAGACCCGUCCUUCCUCCGGACACUCCACAGCUGCUGGGUCACAUUCCACGUCAUCUGUUGGCCAAUCGCGGACAUCAUCCACACAUAGCACUCCUUUUUCAGAUUGAAGUAACCCACAAUAUUACAUAAUAUGCAAUUGGCAUGUACUAACACUUCAGGUUUGGAAAUGUCUGGGCCCGUGUAGUAACUAAUGGCUGUAUUUUACAAUUGUCUGGAGGGACGUGUUCCCUCAUGGCAAAUGCCUGCUAGCUAGCGUAUUAAAAUCUGGCACUUACACGUAGUGAUUUCAAACUUCACAUGGGGAGGAGUGAUCGCUACGCCACUGCUGGUCUUCAUGCUGUCCAGCGUUCACAUGGAACGUAAGGGCUCCGCACUUGUGCUGUGGACCGCAA